CAUCAUGGGCCCACCAAGGAGAGCGCGCUCGACAUCCACAACGUCCCCCAACGCACCCACCUCUCCAUCCCCAGACGUCAACAGACCAUCCUACGCCCCAUCAGCAACACCAGAUGGCGCGACGGGCCUCGGAAUGUCCCCCGCCUAUCGAUACGCAUACAACCUCAAGGUCCUUCGCAGACACGACCCAUCCAUCAUCUCCAUCUUCGACCAGUUCCACCAUAUAUGUGUCUACCACUUUGAUGGAGAGAAAUGGGAGAAACAGGGCUACGAAGGCACCAUGUUCCUCUUCGAGAGAGAAUCCUAUCCACCCUAUGGAUUCUACGUCCUCAACCGCGUCGGCUCAGACGACUACGUCCAGCUCCUCUACCCCGAAGACGCCUACAAAAUAAUGACAAAAGAGAUCCUCGCCAUCCGCUCAUUCCCCGCCUUUGCCUCUGCCCGCAUCGCCCGCGCAGCCGCCUCCCUCCCACCAGGCACAGCGACCACAGGCCCCAACGCCAAGUUCCAUCCCGCAUUUGCCUUCAACCCCGCAUCCAUGGAGGGCGUCGACAAGGGCCCAUCGCAGGUCAUCGGUCUCUGGUCCUACGACCCCGUUACCCUCCGCGAGGUCCUCUGGCGCGUCCACUCCUAUCUCGUCUCGCACGAGCCCUAUCCAGAGCAGUUCCGCUACGGUCCAGAUCGCCCCCAGCCGUCUGGGCGGGUGCCCUCGCGCAACGGCAUGCAUAUGUCCAACCCGACGCAUCAUCGCUCCACAUCGAGCGCUUCUCUCACCGGCAGCGAGCGCUUCGCCGUCAUCUCCGAAUCCGACGAGGACACCCAGCCGGCGACCGCGAAACCCGGGACCGGCGCACAAGGCGCCUCAGAACUUGACAAGCUCUUCGCCAAGCUCGGUACUCCCGCUCAGCCGCCGCCUCCCGCUGCCCAACCACCGCCUCCCACCCAACCCAAUAAUCUGCUCGCACAGCUUACGAGUCAAUUUCAGUCGCCCAAUGCCAAUGCCAACGUCGGUGGCGCUCCCAGCGUGCAAACCCAACCCCAACCUCGGGGUAUAUCGCUUCUGGACACGAUCUUCGCAUCCGCAACGCCGCCUCCGCAGGCUAGUCUAGCUCAAGCCUUGUCGCCCUACCAGCACGGCCAGUCCCCUCAAGCGCGCCACACUCAUGCUCAAUCGCCGCAGGCGCGCUAUGCCCAGGCCCAGUCGCAGCACCAGUAUCAGCAGCAGCAGCAGCAGCAGCAACACCAUCGCCAGGCCUCGGACCGCAUCAUUUUGCACCAGCACCAGCACCAGCACCAGCACCAGCAUCAGCAACAACAGCACCAGCAGCAACAACAGCCCAUCCCGAUUCCGAUUCCCAUCCCGAUGCAAGUCCAGCGCCAGUCCCAGUCCGCACACCAGCCGCCCAUCCUCUCGCCGCGCCCGAAACCGUCCGCGCUCCCGCAGGUGCUGAACCAGGACGUGCUGCACAGUCUGCUCGGCAUGCCGCGCACGCCGUCGAGCGCGUCGUCGUCCGGCGCGGAUGCGCGCUCAUCGGAGGAGGAGGGGGACGGGGACGGGGAUGAUGCGUCGAGCGACGGGGUGGAGCCGGUGAAUGGGUAUGGGUAUCAUGCUGCGUAUGGUGGUGGGCAGCAGCGGGGGCACGGGUAUGGACAGGGGCGGGGGCAGGGAUUCGGACAGGGAUUCGGACAGCCGCACGGCGCGCGGUUGAUGCCCGGGCAGAGUUUCGCGGGGUCUGUGAGCUCGAUGGGCUCUGUCGGUAUGGGAUCGCCGAGCGGGCAGGUGCUGGGCGAUGUGACGCCGAGGCCGCCGCUCAAGGGCUUUGCGAGCGCGAGUUCGGCCUCGGGGUCGGGGUCUGCGUCUGCGUCGCUGUCGGGAUCUGGGUCGGGAACGGGUGGCCCAGGAUCGACGGGGAUGAAUCAUGAUAUGGCGAUCAUCAACGAGCGGCUGGGUGUCGCUGCUGCGUCGCAGGCGCAGGCGAUGGUGUAUAGGCAUAGCAGCUCGAACUCGGACGCGACUGUUACGGGGCCGUAUGGGUACCAGCGCCAGCAGCAGCAACAGCAACAGCACUUCCAGCCCCACCAACCCCCGAACCCAUACACCCACCCGAGCGCCCCUCCGCGCCGCCUCCUCAGCGGCGGCAUCAACUCUCCCCCGCCCGUGCGCACCGGCUCCGUGCAGGCUCCGACGGGGCCGAGCGUGAGCGCGCCGAACGCGAACGCGCGCAGCCGCACGCUCGUGCCGUUUACGGAUCCGUCGGCGCUGUGGCCGUAUCCGCGCGCGCCUGUGGAUGACCGUUACGGUGGCGGCGGGGGAGGUGGAGGUGGUGGUGGUGGUGGUGGUGGUGCGUUGUCGGCGGAGGACGAGGGUGGAGAGGUUGUGGAGCUUGAUUUUGCGGAUACGUCUGCGUUGAGUGAUCCGGGUGCGUUUGUGCUGCAGCAGAACCAGAGCCAGAACCAGAAUCGGGGUGGGGGCGCGAAUGGUGCUGGAGCUGGUCGGGGACAGGGGAGGAUGAAUGGUGGCGAAAGUUCGAGUGCGAACGGGUCGGAAGGCGGUGGUGGUGGUGGCGGGCGGAAGGGGAAGAAGGGCCGGAAGGAGCGUGCGGGGGCGGACGGGAGCAGGGCGAGAGAGCGCGCGGCGAUCGAGGCGAGCUGGGAUGUGCCCGCUGGCGCGUCGCCGCCGAGUCAUUCGAUGAAUGCUUCUGGGAACGGGAACGGGGGCAUGGACAAGGCAGCAGCAAAGGACGCGCUGCUGGCGUCGCUGCUCGGGCGCGAGGCGGAGGCGCACGAGGGGCGCUCGUUUAGGGGGCUGGGGAGGAACGAUUUUGUGAGGGAGGUGUUGAUGCUUAUACAUACAGACCGUGCAUUUGUGGACUCUGUGUACAGCGCAUAUGCCGCGCGUGCGUCCUGAAUAUGUCGAUCCGAGUGUAGUAUGUAUAGGGUAGGGUAGGAUGAGGGUGCGGUCCCGCCCGGUGGAUGUUUGUUGUCUGUCCGUUUGUUGCAAUUGACUGUACCCACUCACUGCAUUGUCCAUAUCUGUAUCCUCACUCUAGCACUCGUCAUGUGGUUAUCCCAAUUUGUUUGCGCUACAGUUAUCCGCACAAUGCACCGUAGAACGAAUAACACAU